AUCCCAAAACAACAUUAUACAAGAGAGAGAAAACCAAAACAAAGCAAAAAAGCAUCAAAGAGAAAGAGAAACUACAACUUCCCUCUCUUCUUUACUCUUACUUUAUAAACCACCUUCUCAUUUCCCCAACAUGCCACUUUCUUUUUUGUGGUGAAAUAUAAUUAUCAUUUCCACACCCACAUUAAUCUUUUUAUUAUUAUUAAUUAUCAAUUAUUAAUUUUUUUUUCAAAUAUCUAAAUCUUUGAGCCCACAUUUCCCAUCUUGCAAUGUCACAAAUUUAAUUAACCACCAUUGAAGAACAACAAAGAAAAGGUUGCAUUUCCAUUUUAUUUUUAUUUUUUCAAGUAAAAACUUGAAAAAAAAAAUACUUCUUUUGAUUGACUUGCAGAAUACCCAUGUCUUCCAAGUCCAAAUCUGGUUUAUAUGAAACUCCUGCAAGCAAGCCUGCACCAAAUACACCCAGAGUUGCUAAGUUAGGAAAGCCAGGAUCCAAUAAAUCAGAUGCUGAUUCACCUUCUCCUGUUACCAAUUCUCGGCUGUCGAUCGAUCGUACAUCACCGAGGACUGUGACCUCGAAACCAACCAUUACUCGGUCCUCUACUCGACUAUCUACACCAGAAAAGCCACAGUCGCGUAUUUUCAAGCCAUCAGAGUUGCAGGCCCAAUUAUCAGCUGCUCAAGAUGAUCUGAAGAAAGCAAAAGAAAAGUUAGUUUUGUCCGAAAAAGAGAAGAAUCAAGCGCUGAAUGAGCUGAAAGAGGCGAAGAAACAAGCCGAUGAGGCCAAUGGGAAGCUUCAGGAGGCUUUGGCGGCUCAAAAACAAGCUGAGGACUGCUCGGAAAUCGAAAAAUUCCGAGCUGUUGAGGUCGAGCAAGCUGGGAUUGAGGCUGCACAGAAGAAGGAAGAGGAAUGGAAGAAAGAGUUAGAAGCUGUACGGAGUCAACAUGCCAUAGAUAUGACUGCACUCCUCAAAGCUACCGAAGAACUCCAAAGGGUUCAGCAAGAGCUUGCCAUGGUUACUGAUGCCAAGAACCAGGCUCUUAGUCAUGCCGAUGAUGCCACCAAGAUUGCGGAGAUUCACGCCGAAAAGGUCGAAGUUCUCUCAUCGGAGCUUGUAAAGUUGAAGGGUUUGCUCGAGCCGAACGCCAACAAUGGGGAUUCUGAGGAUCUGGUAGUAGUAGAAUUGAGAGCGGAAUUGGGUGGUUUAAGGCAAGAGCUUGAAAAGGCGAGAACUUUCGAGCAAGAAUUCGCUGAGAAAGAAAAAUCGUAUGAGAACAUUGUGGGCGAUCUGAAAUUGGAGAUUGAAACCCUUAAGGAAGAGUUUGACAAGGCGAAGGCACGUGAGGUGGGUUUGGUUGAAGAAAAGGAAUUGGCUGUGAGUGAACUGAAAGCCGAGAUGGGUUCUUUGGAACAAGAGCUCGAGAAAACGAAGUGUCGUGAGCAGGAUUUGAAUGAGAAAAACACGUCUUAUGAAAAGAUCGUAGACGAGCUUAAGUUAGAGUUGGGUUCUUUACAAGACGAGUUGGAGAAGGCAAAAGUGUUUAAAGACGAGAUGAUCGACAAAGAAGAGUCUCACAAGAAGAUCGUUUCUCGGCUAGAGUUUGAGGUUGAAUCUUUGAAUAAAGAGCUUGAUGAAGCGAAGGGCUUUAAACAGCAAUUAUCGGAGAAGAUGGUAUCCUAUGACCAGACUGUUAUGGAGCUCAAGACACAGAUAGAUCUCCUAGAGCAAGAGUGUGAAAAGGCUGAGAAUCUGAACGAGGAAUUGGUCGAGCGAGAGAAAUCAAAGGUGAAAGAGUUUGAAUCGAAGAUUUAUUCACUGCAGCAAGAGUUAGAUUUGGCGAACAGUUUUCAGGAGAAGCUGGUCGAAAAGGAAGAGGCGUAUGAACAGCUAAAUGUAGAGCUGGAAGCGGCAAGGAUGGCGGAAUCUUAUGCUUUGAAUCUGCUUGAUGAAUGGAAGAAGCGAGCUGAGGAACUUGAAAAUAAGGUGGCUGAAUCGGAUAGGCUAGAGAGAUCGGCUUCUGAAUCAUUGGGUUCGGUUAUGAAGCAGCUUGAAGGAAAUAGCGACUUGCUUCAUGAGGCGGAAUGUGAAAUUUCGGGUCUUAAGGAGAAGGUGUCGUUGUUGGAAAUAUCGCUUGAGAAAAAGAAAGAGGAUUUGGAGGAUAUGGAACGCCGUUUUGAAGAAGCAAACAAAAAAGCCCGAGAAGCAACUGAGAAGAUAGAGUUAUUAAAGUCCGAGCUUGAAAGUGUGACCGAGGAGAAAGCAUUGGCUUUGGAGAACGAAAAACUCGCAGCUUCUAGUGUUCAGGACCUUCUAGAAGAGAAGAAUAAACUCAUUAACGAGCUUGAUACGUUGAAAGAAGAAGAGGAGAAGAGCAAGAAAGCAAUGGAGAGCUUAGCGUCUGCGUUACAUGAAGUUUCCGCUGAAGCAAGGGAGGCUAAAGAGAGCUUGUUAUCGAGCCAAGUGGAGCAUGAAAACUUCGAAAUGCAAAUCGAGCAUCUUCAGCUCGUUCUAAAAGCAACAAGCGAAAAGUAUGAGGCUAUGCUCGAAGAUUCCAAACGAGAGAUCGAUCAGCUUACGAGCACAGUAGAACAAUCAAAAAUAGAUUUUGAUACCCAAAUGGAAGAUCUUAAGGUGGUUUUGAAGGCUUCGAAUGAGAAGUACGAAAGCAUGCUUGACGAGUCAAAACAGGAAAUUGAUCAUCUUUCAAGAGAGAUCGAACGAUCCACGCUUGAGCACCGAAACGAGAAGGCCGAGUGGGAGGUAAAAGAGGAAGAGUUGAGGGACCGUAUUAAAACUUUGGAAGAAGAAAAAUCAACAAUCGAACAGUCGGGGGUGAAUUACGAGGAAACUAAGGUGGAGUGGGAACGGAAAGAGCUGGAUUUUGUCAAUAGUGUGAAAAAAUCAGAGGAAGAAAAGCUGUCGAUGGAGAAAGAAAUAAUGAGGUUGGUGAAUUUGCUUAGGGAAGCCGAGGAAAAAGCUAGUGCGACUCAAGAAGAAGGAUCUCAGUUGAGAAAUACACUCGGAGAGGUUAUGUCAGAGUCGGUUUCCCUUAAGCAAGCCCGUGAUGAAGCGGAGGGCGAGAGCUUGAAGUUAAAGGAUGCUCUUCGUGGGAAAGAAAAUGAAUUGCAGAACAUGAUCCGGGAAAAUGAGCAGCUUCGAGCUGCAGAAGAUGCGAAUGCGUGGAAGAUAGACGAACUGACGAAAUUGCUUGAAGAAGCCAAGUCCUACCACAAAACCCAAGAAAACGGUGAGCUCUCGGAUAGUGAUAAAGACUACGAUAUGCUGCCAAAAGUCGUAGAGUUUUCUGAAGAAAACGGGCACACGAGGGAAAAUAAGCCAAAAGUCGAGCUUCUAACUCAUCAAACCGAGAGAGAAGAGAAGGAAUUGCCUGCGGGAAUGAGCAAUGGUGUAAGCGAGGGAGUUAAAACUGGGGUUUUGGCCGAGACCCAGAAUGUUGAUGGAAAACUCGCAUCAACGGAGAAUAAAGACCCGGCUCAUGACGAAACCUCAGAAUCCGAAGCGAAGAUGUGGGAGAGUUACAAGGUGGAUAAAGACUUCUCGACAGAGAUGGAAACGGAACAAGGUUCAUUGGACGAUGAAGUCGAUUCGAAGACGGAAUGUGCUGAAAGUGUUGAUCAGAUGAACGAGAUUCCAUCAGAUAACGGUGCAAACUCCGACUCAAAACAGAAGAAGAAAAAACCGCUGUACAGGAAAUUUGGAAAUCUACUCAAGAAGGGUAUUAGCAAUCAAAAGUAGUUAUUUUAGGUAAUUGUAUUACAUGUUUUCUGAUGCCUAGAUUCUUUGUUUCAUUUUUCUCAAGUUUGAGCCUAUUUAAGAGUAAUGGGUAUGAUUUGUUUUAUAGAUCUCAUGAAAUGUCUGGCUUGUAUGUCACAGGAAAGGGAUUAUAAAUUUGUUCUUGAUCAAUAUGUUUAUUACUGGUGAAAGUGAUUUGAAAACUGUACUACUGUUUGAUUACUCAAUAUGAUCUACUGUCCAUUGCUAUGUAGUUUCUCGGGGCAUCGUGCAAAUUCGGAAUACUAAUAAAAGGUGGACGGGAUACUUAUCUA